UUUGGGAAAGGAAGCAAAGGGCUGUAUCCACCUACCCUUCACCUGCUGUCACCCAUUGGCUUUGCCUUUGGCUUUCACAUGCACCUCUCUGCCCUUUUGGUAUAUAUCUUUACUAUGCCCCAACCCCUCUCCCUCCUCAUCAACUCUUCAUUCUCUCUCCUCCUCUGCAAAUACUCAGGUUUCUGGGUCUUCCUCUGAUUUCAAGGCAUUCAAGAAGGGGAGGAACCAUGAAAGGGAAGAUGAAGCUUUCAGCCAUGGCUAUUGCUUUGGCUUGGUUACUCUUCAUGGAUUCAACAAGAGCCGCAACUGUCUCAUCUCCAUCUCCAUCUCCAGCUCCUGCUCCUGCUCCCGACUAUGUGAACCUCACUGAGCUCUUAUCAGUUGCAGGCCCUUUCCAUCUCUUUCUUGAAAAGCUUGAAUCAACCAAAGUGAUAGAUACCUUCCAAAACCAGGCCAACAACACGGAUCAAGGGAUCACCAUUUUCGCCCCAAAAGACAAGGCAUUUUCCUCUCUCAAGAAGCCUUCCCUCUCUAACCUCACCAGUGAUCAGCUCAAAUCGCUCAUGCUUUACCAUGCUAUACCAGAAUACUACUCCCUAGCCGAUUUCAAAAACCUCAGCCAACAAGGGCCAACAAGCACAUUUGCAGGGGGCCUAUAUGCUCUUAAUUUUACAGACAAUAAGGGAAGUGUUAGCCUUGAUUCAGGGUGGUCACAGACAUUGAUCAGUAGUAGUGUGUACUCAACUCGACCAGUAGCCCUUUACCAGGUCGAUAGUGUUCUUUUGCCUGAGGCCAUUUUUGGAAAAGCCCCACCUCCUGCUCCUGCUCCUGCUCCAGCCCCUGAUACCUUCACCCCAGCUGAUGUUUCUCCCUCUGGUUCACAGGAGAACCCUUUCUCCCCAAAAUCUUCUCCCUCUACUUCUGCUAAUGCAGCUGCUUCUCGACCGGUGGCAAUGACGGCCCUGUUCUCCCCUGUUGUUGCCUUGGUGCAUUUGCUUCUUGUGGCUGGCGGUGUGGUGGUAUUGUAAUGUAAUGGGGAUGUGAAUGAUCUCUCUCUCUCUCUCUCUCUCUCUCUCUCUCUCUCUUAAUUUAUACCAUUAUGUUGGGGCAUUUUGUUUUUGAGGGCUUGUAUACCAGUUGCCUGCUUUAUUGCAUUCCACAGAUAGAGAUGGGCCUUCAAUUUUAUUCUGGUUAUUGCUUGAAUUCUUUUGAAAGACCUGUGCUACAAUGUUAUAUGAUCUGUAGCGGACUCUGUUUAUUAUUCCUUUGGCUCCUCUGUUUCAACAAAUUUCAAUUGUUUUGCCUUCUGACUUGGUGAAAUCUUGAAUGAAAUCAAGAGUAACA